AGAGAGAGAGAGAGAGAGAGAGACUCAACCCCUUUUUUUCUUCUUUCAAUCGUUCUGUUUCUUUUUUGUUUGGGUUAACAAUAGAGCAAGCGCGCGCGCUCGAGAGAGAGAGUGAGAGAGAGAGAGAGAGAGAGAGAGAGAGAGAGAGACUGAGAGACUGACUCGUAGACGCUGAACCUGUUUUCAUGCCUUCAGUGGAGCGGAGCAGGCGAUGGAUGUGAGAUUUUAUCCUGCACCCCCUUCGAGCGUGGGCUCCUGCACGUUAUCCACCGACUCCAGCUUCGCCUCUCUGGACUAUUACCACUGCAACAAGAACAGAUACAGUGUAGGAGAUCGUGCUAGGCUGUACAGCGGUUUGCCCGUGAGGCCCAACCCUGACGGGAAAAGACUGCCCUCUUCAGGGUUUGAUGGUGAAAACAUGUACAUGAAUGAAAAUAACCAAGAGUUCCUUUCCCCAAGUCAGCAGAACUACUCUGGGCAGGGAGGAGGCAGUGGGAACGGAGGAGGUGGUGGUGACGAGGAUUAUGAGAUUCCUCCUAUAACUCCACCAAACCACCCUGAGCCUCCUUUGCUGCAUCUGAUGGAUCCAGAGUCCAGCUAUUUGUGUCACUCGCUGCCCCAUAACGGCCUGAUCAACCCGUACUCAUACCCCGAGCUGCCCGCACUCAUGAUGUCCAACAUGCUUGGACAGGACGGUCACCUGCUCUCAAGCCAAAUGCCCUCGAUGCAGGCUCUGGCCGGGUCAGACAGCGGGCACUACCCCCGUGCCCACCAUGCCCCCAAGCUAAACACUCCUACUUCGAUACUGCCCCAUCCCAUGAGCGCUCUGUCCCAGCUCAGCUCUCGGAUUGGCCGAGGCUCCUUUACCUACGCUUCCCCUUCGUCCGUGGGAAGUCAGUCAGCCACGCCCUCCCCUUCGAACUCCACCCAGGAAGAGGAAGCAGAUUACCACGCAAAGAUCACUGGGGAGAAAAGGCCUUCUUCAGACAUGAUGAAGCCCAAACCCAAACCUCAGAAAAAGAAGAAGAAGAAGGAUCCCAACGAGCCUCAGAAGCCCGUCUCAGCCUAUGCCCUCUUCUUCCGGGACACUCAGGCGGCCAUUAAGGGGCAGAACCCCAACGCGACGUUUGGAGAUGUCUCUAAGAUUGUGGCUUCUAUGUGGGACAGUUUGGGAGAGGAGCAGAAACAGGGGUAUAAGAGAAAAACAGAAGCAGCAAAGAAGGAGUACCUGAAGGCCCUGGCAGCGUACCGAGCCAGCCUGGUUUCCAAGACCUACAAUGACCCAGUGGAGAGUAAAAGUGCCCAGUCGAGCCAGCCCUCAUCCCACAUGAUGCCCCCUAACCCCCCGCUGUACAGUGUGCCCCCUCAGCCUUCCUCUCCUUAUUUGGGCCCAAGUCCCUUCCCUCUGUCUGACCUACAGAGUUAUGCGGCGUCCGGAGCUCCCCGGCACGCGCUGCCCCGCUCGGCCAUGCUGCCCGCACUUAGUGCCUCCCCUCCGGCUUCAUUCCAAAUCAGCCCCCCUCUCCACCAGCAGCUCUCCCUGCACCAGGGUUCGCUCCUCAAUCAGCCAAUCCGCAUGCAGCAGGUCCAGUCACAGCCAAUCAUCUCUCACCAGAUGGGCCUCCAGGCCUCACUCCACUCCCCGGCCCCAGGCCAGCAGGGCUUCUCUCACUUACAGUCAGAAUAUCAGAAGACUGUGGGAGGCUCUCAGUCUCCUGGAGCUCCAAACCCAGUGGGACAGAACCCUGACUGGGACAGUGAGUACUGCAAUCGGGAGUGUGGAGGAAACCACUGCAGUGGCAGCAUGAUAGGCAGGGACAAGCCACUCUACCUCACUUGAAGUGAAUGGAGAAGAAACAAAAAGACGAUGUGUGACAAAAAAAAGUGAUGAAUCAACACCAGGGAGUACCCUACACCUCUCCACCCUUUCCCCCGCCACCUUCUGUUUUUACUCAGUGUCAUUUUCAUUUGUUUUUAGAAGGAUGUGUACGCGUGUUCUGAAGACUACUAGUGAUCCUCUCAUUUUUUUGCCAAGCACUUAAAAUGUACAGGCCUCCCACUGGAGACCUUCCAGAGCACUCUUACUUUCUCUGAAUAAAAAAAAAAAAAAAACAAAACAUAGAUAUAUUAAAGGAAAAAAUAAACAAACUACCAUAAAACAGGCCCACAGGGCAAACAAGCUUUAAUUAAAAUAGAGGAAAGCUUUCCUCUUCUUGAUUACUUUCUCAUGCCCUUGUUUUGUUCUUUUAUUUAUUUCUUGCUUGCUUGUUUUUUUUUGUUUUUUUUUUUGUUUUUUGUUUUUUUGUUUGUUUGUUUUAUUUUAAUCAAUAACAGGUCCUGUACUGUAGAGAAAUACUCUUAUGAUGAAGUCAUUAAAGACCAACAUCCUACUGUAGGUCCAUCUGAUGCUCUGUGAAUUUUAAAAAGAUAUUAGUAAGGUCAGAAAAGGAAAAAAAAAAAAAGAAACAGGUGAAUAGAUUAAUACAUUUAACAAUGACUUUUUUUUUUGUUUGUUUGUUUUUGUAAUUUUAAAGACCUUAAUAGGUCUUUAAUAAACUGUCACAGUGUGAUUGUAAAUAUCACUUUUUUUGGGAUCAAAUUGGAAAAAAUGAAGUUCAGAUAUUUUUUCUUCUUUAAUAUGACUUAUAAUUCAUUAAUUUGUAUUUUAAAUGGUAUCCUGUGAGCGUGUGCUGGGAUGCGAGCAAAUGAGUUACCAGUAUGUAUGUGUGGGUGGGUGUGUGCGGUGUGUGUGUGUGUGCGCGCGUGUGUUGAAAAAUUGAUCAGCCUGUGCAUAUAUUAGAGGAGUGUUUCACACAAACACAAUCUUGCAUUAAAUCUGUGCUCACUGGUGGAUUGUCAACUAAAGAUUGAUGGUUCAAAACCGUUACGAACGUUAUGACCCACGUCUCCAUUUGGAACCCGCAAAAAAGAAAAAAGAAAAAACUGCAGCUCCAACCGUGUCAUUUAGCAGAAAACCCGGACACAAGCCUUACUUUUCCAAACAGGCUUGUUUUAAGAAGCAACAUUCGUUCGGGAUUUGAUUGGCUUUGUUUGUUAUCUCAGGUUGUACAUGUCAGCUGGAUGGAAACGGGGACAGCUUUUACAGGAACUGAACCCUGGGUAUUAAAACAAAGGCCUUCAUUUAAAGGCAAUUAAGAAUCGUUCUUUUUGCCUGGUCUGACUGAUGAAUCCAUACCAGUGCAAUGUUUAGAGGUGAACUAAACCAUGCUCAAUGUGAGAUAAUUCAGCACACGUUUCAAACAACAGUGGGUCUAUAGUUUUCUAGUAGCUUUGCUAGGUGUUAUAUUGUGUUGAUCUCAUCCUUAUGUUUUGUGAGAAAAAAAAUAUGUUUGAUCAUUUAGUCAAGCUUUUCUUUCUUUCACUGUAGCAUAAUAUUUUAGUUUGGUAAAAAAAAAAAUAAUAAUAAAUUUAAGACAUUUUAAUUUGUGUACAAACCUGCCAAUUGUAGUUAUUUUAUUUGUAAAGCCAGUAAUUAUAAUUAUUUUAAAUUGUUACCAACUUAUCUAUCUUUUUUGCAAGUUGCCCAUCAGUUAUUUAAUUGUUUAACAGGUUUCCUAUCUAUUUAUGAACAAAAUGAGAUCAUUUUUUGCAUAUAACUACAUUUCAUUUGUCUUUUUUUUUUUUUCUUUUUUGCAUUUUUGGUUUGAUGAAGAUUGCUUUUUGUUUGUUUGUUUUUUACUUUUUGAUACUGGCCUCUUCUUUCCUUGCAGCCAGGUAAUUUUGUGUCACUAUACCUUUUUGGUUUCAUUUGUCCGUAAUAAAAAAAAAUGUUAAAGGUGAAA